CACAAAUUCAUUAACCCUACUUAAUACCCUAAAACAUUCCCCUAAUAAAUUAAUCAUCCUCCUCUAUUCCAAAACAACCCUAUUCCAUUCUAAAACCCCACAAAUCCCAAAACAAAAGGGGUUAAAACACAAAGAUAAACUUUAAAUUCUGAUACUUUUUCUUUACAAAACAUUAAAAAUGGCGAUAGAAUCAUCAUCCAAUGGUGAUGAAAAGAGUAGAAGACACCCUCGAUGGACGAGACAAGAAACGUUAACAUUGAUUCAAGCAAAGGAAAUUACAGAAAACAGUCCAAACAAAGGAAGAAAAAUAAUUUCGACAUUGACAGGAUCAUCGUCAGAAAACACAGAACCCAAAUGGGUAAUGAUUUCUACUUAUUGUAAGCAUCAAGGGGCUAACAGAGGACCUGCACAAUGCAGAAAAAGAUGGAGCAAUCUUAUCGGUGAUUUUAGGAAGAUUAAGGUUUGGGAAUCUAAAUUGACGGAUAAGAUUGAAUCGUUUUGGGCUAUGAGGAAUGAUCUUAGGAAGGAGAAGAAAUUGCCCGUUUCGUUUGAUGUUGAGGUUUUUAAGGUUCUUGAAGGGAGAGAACUGGGUUCGAAUGGGGCUGUUUCUCCAUUGCCAUUACAGGCAGUUCCGGCUGUUCCGGAAGAUGUUAAUGAGUAUAUUGAUGGUGAUGAUGAUGAAGAUGAUGAUGCUGAAGAAGAGGAGGAAGAAAUUGUGGGAUUGGUGGGUGGAGAGAAUAAGGAAUCUAUGGAGAUGGAGAAUGGUGUUGAGAAUGGAAAACAAAAUGGUGAUGAGGAUUCCAUCAAUGGAGAAAUUCAUAGUCCUGCUAUCAAAAAAUGCACAUCAGAGCCUGUUUCAGGCAUAAAAAAGCAGCAGCUUCAAGCAUGCCAGGAACAGAAGAGAAACUCAAAUUUGGAUGCUAAAAGAAAAUCAUGGCCAGACACCAGUAACUGUGAUACACAAGACAAAGGGAAAAGAGGGAGACUGUGCUUUGAAGAACACAAUCCUAAUUGCUUUGAGUCACAAAUCUUAAGGGCAUUGGAAGCAAACAACAAGCUGAAGAAGGAGCACAACGAUGUACUCAUUGCUGCUCUCGCCAAGCUCACAGAUGUGGUUACCAAACUUGCAGAUAAGCUAUAGUUUUUCGAGUCUUAAAACAUCUUUAGACGAUGGAGGAGUACAUAGAUGAUAGAUGAUUACAGUGGCAAUAACGUUUAAUAACGUUUCUAGAUGUAGGGAACGAACUUACACCACAUGCUAAGGAUUUGGUUAUUGAUAUUUGAAUUUUUGAUUAAUGUAGGAAUAUCUUUCUUUUAUUCGUUUUUCACCUAGUUUAUUUUUGUUCUUCAUAUAUCUUCUAUUAACUUUAUUAUAG